AUGACGGUGACACAAUUCUGGUGGCCGUCGUUGUCCCUUGCCGCGCCUUCGUCUCCUCAGUUCCUACUGGUGACAUCUUCCUUGUCGUCACCGACCAGCCUUCACCUUUUGCUCCAUUUCUCUUUCUCGAAGAUAAGAGAAAACACGAGGCUUCUCCUUUCAUAUGGAGAUACAAAUUCCGGCGAGAUGCUUUGUCAGAUCCGGCUACUUGUUACUACACCGUCAUCAAGCUUCCGUCUUCACCUUCGUCAACUAGAGAUGGCCAUCGAUGCUGCAGGAUGUCCACCUCCGACUUGGUAUGAUUUUCUCGAUGAGAUUCUCCAAUUUGUAACUUCAACUCCGGCGAAUGAUUCACCGUCGAUCUAUGAUAUUUGGGCUCAGGCAGUUUGA